UUCAGGAUCUCAGUCACACUAAUCUGACUUCUGGAGAGCGUGUAGAUUUGACCCCAGUAUGGGAUCUUACUGAAUCUGAUAUCCGAUCAGUUCUCACAUGGGUUAAAUUAGUUUAAGUAUGUUAUACAUUUUAUAAAUUUAAAAUGACUAAAUGAUAGAAAGUUGUCUUGCUUUGCUUUCUGAAAUUUGAACCAAUUUACAAGUUGGAGAAUCCAACUACAUUUUCAUCUCUUUAUCAAUCACUAUGUUAGUUUAUCUAAAGAGGCUUUUUAUGAAUUAAGUUUGGAAAAAUUUGCAGAAUUUUAUAUCAAACAGGAAUAAAUUUGCAGACAUAAUUAGACGCUGCACUUCAAACACUGCUGAUCCUUCACCAUGUCUUGGAGCGCGCACAGAGAUGAAUUUGUCUUGUUCUCUCCUGUUUAAAAAAUAUAUUUCUAUUUGCUCACUUGUGCCAAUGUAACCUGAAAUACUGAUAAACUCAUAUACACAGAGAGCUUGUUUACAUCAACCACAUUUAACAAUCAGGUGCUGAAGGUGAGUCCUGCUGGUUCUUCUUAGGCAGCAGUAACCAGUCUUACCUCCUAACACAGGAGCAGGAGAGGAAGAGAGAAGUAGGAGACAGAAAACAAAACCACUCCAGAGUCACAGUGAUCAAGACUACUCAGAUCUGUUGAUGAUGUUCUUGAAUCUCCCUUUAAUAAAAUAGAACCUGUAGCUGAGGCUGGCCUGCUUCAGUCAAACAAAUGAAAGAGAAACUGCUUACAUUUUAGACAGACAUCAGUUUAAUUUUCCACCAUGAUUUCAUUUUCUUUCUUUUUUUUACUGUCUGAGUUUUUGUUAUUAGUUUUAAUUUGUUUCAUUUUUUUCCUUAAAAAAAUAUUUAUUUUUUAUUUUUUGCAUUGCUCUAUUUCUAUUAUACAGCAUUUUGGGUUAAUUAAAACAGUUAAGAUGCACGUUUUCUCUGAUCAGAACAUGAACCGUUGUAAAAUGAAGUAUGGUCUCAUAAAAAUAACUGUUGAUUUUUAAAUUGAAUUUUCCUCAAUUCCGUUUCUUGACAGCACAAACCUAAACCAAAAUACACAUUGGUAAAAACAGUAACACAAAAAUCAUCAGAAGACACUUUGCAGGUCAAAAACAAAUUAGACUCCUACAAUAUAUGUAUCUCCUAAAUAAUAAUUAUAUCAAAAUGACUUAAAAAUUACCCCUAAAACUCUUUACAAUGUGGACUUGAGGAUAAAAUAGCUGAUCAAUCAUCAGAAUAUAGAUUAUUAAUGAUUUUUAACAUAUUUUCCCAUCAUUCUGGGGAAAAAGGUAUUAAUGAAAUCAUGACAUCAACACAUUAUCCUUCUUUGGUUUCCCGGAUCUUCACUUUGCUUUAAAUCUUUGUCUUUAGUCCUACCCACAUGUGCAUGACUGAGAGUCACAGCCUGUCCCCACCUUCAGAUCCUGCGCUCAGAUUAAAGGAUCAUUCCGCCCUGCAGGAUCUCCUGCUUCCCUCCACCUGAUCUCCAUGGAGAUGGACUGCCAUGCUUAUGAGCUAGACUCCAUAGAUGUCCCUCCUCUCACCCCAACCAGUAAGGAUGUCCUGAGCCAGGCUGUUCAGGCCAGUUUCUCUGGUUUUGCCCAGGAGAUUAUCAACCACCACUUUCCACAGGAUCCAAGCUUGUGGUCAGAAUGGGAGGUGAGCCACUGGUUGGACUGGUGCCAGGCUGAGUUCGGCCUCCACGGCUCAGAGCUGAGGGGUCUGCAGGGCAGCCAGCUGUGUGGGCUGGACAGGGAGGCCUUCCUGGGCCUGAUGGCCGACUGCACUGCAGGAGAGAUCCUGUGGGAGCACCUGGAGACCCUGAGGAGGGAGAACGACCAUAACUUCAGCUCUUCAUUAAGCAGCAGCAGAGCGUCAUGUUCCUACCAGCUUCAGCACACAGAGAACUACUCACACUACAUCCAGGAUCAACAGAAUGAGACACUUCACUAUCAUUCAGCUGACAGCUCAGACCUCCACACUCUGGAUCCAGUUCCUGCCCCACAUGAAGGUCACCGUCUGAUGAAUGCAGAGGAAUCCAGAAGGACCAUCAGUUCUGCUUUUCUGAUACCAGAAAUAUACAGAGAAACACCCUUGGAGGAGAGGGCUGCUGCCACCGUCAGCCCACGGGCUUUGACUGCUCCACUCACUGAUUUAGAGCCUCUGGACGACAGAGUGCCUGAUGAUGCCUUCAUGCUGCAUCAGAAACACGGGAGUUUCAAAGACUAUGUAGGCAGCAAAACACAUGUGGGCAAAGCUGUGAUACCAGCAUCCAUUUUAGCUGGUUACACUGGUAGUGGACCAAUCCAGCUGUGGCAGUUUCUGCUGGAGCUCCUAACAGAUCGCAGCUGUCAGUCCUGCAUCAGCUGGACUGGAGAUGAGUGGGAAUUCAAGCUGACCGACCCUGAUGAGGUAGCUCUGCUUUGGGGAAAGAGGAAAAACAAACCCAAAAUGAAUUAUGAGAAACUCAGUCGGGGCCUGCGCUACUACUACGACAAGAACAUCAUCCGCAAGACAGCCGGCAAGCGCUACGUCUACCGCUUUGUGUGCAACCUGCAGGGCCUGCUGGGAUACGAGCCUGGGGAGCUGCACGCCAUGUUGGACGUCAGCAGCAAGAUGAGGUCAGGAAGGCAAUAA